AUGGCCAAGUUCGCCAACUCUUUCGACCUGCUGGGCGAGACCGAAGACAUCGAUGUCAAGGAACUCAUCAGCGCGGUUGAUGAGAGGGCCGAGUUUUUGGAGGUGAAGAAGAAGGCGAUAGAGUCGGCGAAGAAGAAGGGGAUGGAGGAGGAGAAGAGGAAGAAGGAGGCGAUAGAGGCGGCGGAGAAGAGGAAGAAGGAGGAGAUAGAGGCGGCGGAGAAGAGGAAGAAGGAGGCGAAGAAGAAGAAGGAGCAGGAGAAGAAGGAGCGGCUGAGUCUGAGUAUUCAAAAACAUUUAUUCCUCGGAGGACAAAAGAAUAAUAAUGGGUUUUACAGAAGAGGCCAGAACAACCAAAGGGAUUUCAAUUCCCAGAAUUUUCGUGCUGCGCCGAAAUCUGCUGAUGAUACUAGAUCUGUCUCCAGUGCUGCUAGUAUUGUGUUCUCAGAGAUAUCUUUUGGGAGCUUUUGCAAAGAGGAUUUUGAAGAGUUGAUGAAGAAGAAGAAGGAGACUGAAGUUGUGGAGAAGAAACAGGAAGAACAGGGUGGUGAGGAACAGGGGAACAAAACCCAACUACUGAGUAAUGGGGUCAAUGGAAGCAGCAGCAAGAGUUCUUCUGAUGGAAAGAAAAAUUCAAAUAUCAAUGGAAGUCUGAGGAGAAAACUGAAGAAGAAGAGGAACGAGGAGAAAAGCCACAGCGAAAAUGCAGUAGCUGCUGGUGAUACUGCUGGUGCUGAUGUGACUGCUCCUGUUCAGAACAAGCCUACUAUUUCAUACACUUUGAAAGAAUAUGAGAAUAUGAAUAUGAAGAAGAGUGAGAAUCAAGAAACCGCUGUCGAACAGCCCCCUCAGCCUGCACAACAGCAUCCCGAGCAGCCUCAAGACCACCAUCCUGCACAAUGGCAGACCAAGCAGUCUGCACAACAGAAGGCCAAGCAGUCCGCACAACGGCAAACCAAGCAGCCUCUAUACCGCCAUCCACCACAGCCUGCACAACAGCAACCCCGGCAGCCUCAAUACAGCCAUCCUGCACAAUGGCAGAGGCAGACCACGCAGUCCGCACAACGGCAGACCAAGCAGCCUCAAUACCGCCAUCCACAGCAGCCUGCACAACAGCAGCCCAAUCAGCCCGCACAACAGCAGCCCAAUCAGCCCGCACAACGGCAGCCACAGCAGCCAGCACAACAGCAGCCCCACCAGCCUCCUGAUAGAGAAGACGAACUUGUGAUGGUACGUUGCAAGGCAAUUGGCCGGAUGUUCAUUUUGAGUUGA